AUGUCGCCAGACGAACAGAACUACUACAUUCCGGAUCCGAUUGAAGAUAGUUUCGAGGACGACCUUUCAACAUCAACGGCGGCCGAGAGCAUGCACCGGGAGAUCGAACACCUGGCCCGCCGAAUUACCAAUGCCUCCCAACAUCAUGCGGCCAAUGCUCACGUUGAUGUCCUGAACCCUCCCAAAAAUAGUUACUUGGAUCCUACUUCCUCAAAUUUCGACCCAACAGCAUGGACGAAAGCAUUCAUCAAAGUCUUCGAGUCAGAUCCCAUGUCGGCACCCAACCGACUGGCUGGCGUCGCGUUUCGCAACCUCAAUGUCUUCGGCUACAGCUCUGGGACGCAGUACCAAAAAAGCGCGGGUAAUCUCCUGCUAAGCAUGGCGGCUGAUAUCGUCGGACUCACGACGGGGAGGUCAAAAGGACGCAUUGAUAUCCUAAGGGAUUUUGCGGGCCUUGUCGAACCCGGCGAAAUGCUCCUUGUGCUGGGCCCUCCCGGAUCAGGCUGCUCAACCCUUCUUAAGACGUUAGCCGGCCAAACAGAGGGACUGAAUGUUGCCCAAGAAUCGUACAUGAACUUUCGAGGAAUCGAACCGAAGCGCAUGCAUGGUUGGUUCCGAGGCGAUGUCCUUUACAAUGCCGAAGUGGACGUCCACCUUGCCCCCCUAUCAGUUGGGGACACGCUGGAGUUCGCGUCGCGGGCCAGAGUCCCAGAAUGGGUCCCUGGCGGGAUGACGAGUAACGAAUAUGCCCGUGUCAUGCGUGACGUGAUGAUGGCAGCGUUUGGCAUCUCCCAUACCGUGAACUCCAAAGUUGGCGAUGAUUAUGUGCGCGGCGUGUCUGGCGGCGAACGGAAGCGGGUCAGUAUCGUCGAGGCUGCUCUGACCGGGGCCAAAUUCCAAUGCUGGGACAACAGCACGCGAGGUCUCGACAGCGGAAACGCUAUUGCCUUUUGCCAAAACCUUCGCACACAAUCAGACUUGCUGGGCGUUGCAGCUGUUGUGGCCAUCUACCAGGCGCCACAGUCUGCAUACGAUCUGUUCGACAAAGUGACGGUAGUCUAUGAGGGAAGACAGAUCUUCUUCGGCAGAGUUGACCAAGCGAAGAAGUACUUCGAAGACUUGGGCUUUCAGUGUCCCGAGCGACAAACCACGCCCGACUUCCUCACAUCCAUGACAUCUCCGAACGAACGACGAAUUAAGCCUGGCUGCGAGCAUACUGCACCACGAACCCCGGACGAGUUUGCAGCGAGGUGGAAGCAGUCACAAGACCAUGCGGCUCUCGUAGCAAGCAUCGAAGGGUACGAAUUUGAGCACCCAGCACAAGAUCGCCUUGAGUCUUUCCAGCAAAGUAUCAAGGCGGAGAGAAGUUCAUGGUCAAGGCUGAAGUCCCCGUACAUGAUCGCCUACCCACGCCAAGUCAAACUCUGCCUCUGGCGUGGCUGGAAGCGUUUGGUAGCCGAUCCCGAGUUUACAAUCUCCUCGCUCGUGUACAACAUUCUUGUGGGGUUCCUCCUGGGAAGCAUGUUCUUCAAACUCCAGGCCGACACUGCCACGUUUUAUUACCGUGCCGGUUUGAUUUUCUUCGCCUUAUUGUUCAACGCCUUCGCUAGUGAGAUGGAGGUCCUCACACUUUAUAGCCAGAGGCCUGUCAUCGAGAAGCAUAAUCGGUAUGCGCUCUACCACCAGUCCGCUGAGGCCAUCUCGAGUUUCAUCACCGAGUUGCCAUACAAGAUUACCAAUGUCUUCACUUUUAACUCCAUUUUCUACUUCAUGGCAAAUUUGAAUCCCGGUGCCGAUCACUUCUUAUUCUUUUGCCUAGUGUCAUUCGUGGUCCUGCUGGCGAUGUCUGGCAUCUACCGAACCAUGGCAUCACUUGCCCGUACUUCACAUCAGGCCAUGGUACCCGUCACUCUAGUUACUCUGGGUGUCAUGAUGUACGCAGGCUUCACCGUCCCGACAAGCUACAUGCAGGGAUGGUCUCGGUGGAUGGGGUACAUAAAUCCUCUCUCCUACGCCUUUGAAGCACUGAUGGCAAAUGAGUUUCAUGGCCGUCAGUUUCAGUGUGCUUCUGGCUACGCUGGCAUGGUGCCUUCAGGAGCUGGUUACGAUGACCUCCCUUUGGCAAGCCGAACCUGUGGUGUGGUGGGAGCUAUACCAGGAUCUGACAUGGUCGACGGCGAUCGAUACAUCGAGCAAUCCUUCGAAUACUUCAACGCAAACAAAUGGAGGAAUGUUGGCAUUCUUUGUGCUUACGUGGUAUUCUUCUUCAUCACCUACAUCAUCACGGCAGAGUUUGCCAAGCCGCCGAAGAGCGAAGGCGAAGUUCUAGUCUUUAGACGUGGCAAGUUGCCGGCCAAACUGGGCAGUAAGAUGAACCUGGACGAAGAGAGCCAGUCUCGUGAGAUGUUUGUGACAGAAAAAUUGCCCGUUUCGCCGGCAGAGAAGACGACAGAGACUAGACCGAGACCUAGUGCCUGCGGGAAGCCUAUCUUCCAUUGGGAGGACAUCUGCUACGACGUCAAGAUCAAGGGCCAGGAGCGCCGAAUCCUGGAUCAUGUGGACGGUUGGGUUCAGCCGGGCGUCAUCACAGCUCUUAUGGGCGCAUCCGGCGCUGGAAAGACUACGCUUCUCGACGCACUGGCCAGUAGGGUUACCAUGGGCGUGCUUUCCGGCGAUACUAUGGUCAAUGGUCGGCCAACGGACAAAUCCAUCCCCAACCGCGUGGGCUACGUUCAGCAGCAAGAUGUUCACUUGGACACGAUGACGGUCCGUGAAGCCCUUGAAUUCAGUGCCCUGCUCCGCCAAAGCGCAGAUAUUCCACGUGAAGCCAAACUGGCCUACAUUGAUGAAGUCAUCGAGUUGCUCGACAUGAGCGACUUUGUGGACGCCGUGGUUGGAGUCCCUGGCCAGGGACUCAAUGUUGAACAGCGCAAGCGCUUGACUAUUGGCGUCGAGCUUGCAGCCCGACCGCAGCUCCUGGUCUUCCUCGAUGAACCAACAUCGGGGCUCGAUUCCCAGACGUCCUGGGCAAUUUGCGAUCUCAUCGAGAAACUAGCGAGGAGCGGACAGGCUAUUCUUUGCACCAUUCAUCAGCCGUCAGCGAUGCUCUUCUCUCGAUUUGACAGGCUUCUUCUGCUGCAACGUGGUGGUAAGACGGUCUAUUUUGGAGAUAUUGGCGACAACUCAAGAACCAUGAUCGACUAUCUUGAGCGUAAUGGCGCGCCACCUUGUCCUGCUGAUGCAAACCCCGCAGAGUGGAUGCUUAAGGUCACCACAAUGUCCGAGGAUGGUCCCAGGUGGGACGAUAUUUGGCGUUCAUCCAAAGAGUACCGUGAAGUGAAGGAGGAGCUCAAGAUCCUGCGUCAACAAGACGCACGUCAGCUACCGACAGAUGCGGCGGGAGACGGGAUUGCUCACCAAGAAUUUGCGUCGUCCUUCUGGACGCAGUUCCAUCACGUCUUUGUACGCACUGCCAAACACUUUUGGAGAUCGCCUGUUUACAUCUGGUCCAAACUUACACUAACGUGCCUCAUGGCUCUUUACAUUGGGUUUACCUUCAAGUCGGAUAACAGCUUGCAGGGCCUGCAGAACCAGCUCUAUGCCUUCUUCAUGUGUCUCACUACUGUCAAUGAGUUCAGCAAGCAGAUAAUGCCGAUGCUCAUUCCUCAGAGGGCGCUGUAUGAGGUCCGGGAACGACCUUCGCGCGUCUAUCGGUGGACCACGUAUCUGUUGUCCAACAUUUUCGUCGAAAUGGUAUGGAACACCAUUGCAGCGGUCGUCUUCUUCUUCUGCUGGUAUUAUCCCGCAGGGUUCUUCCGUAACACUACCGCCGACGACGUCAAUAUGCGCGGCUUUACCGUGUUUCUUUUCAUCUGGGCGUUUUUCCUCUGGAUGAGCACCUUUUCGCAGAUGGCGAUCGCAGCUAUAGAGACAGCCGACCUCGCCAGCAUCCCAGCCAGUCUCUUCGCCAUCCUCUGCAUGUCUUUCUGCGGUGUAAGCGUUCUCCGUAGCGACCUUCCCGCGAUCUGGAGCGAUUUCAUGUAUUGGGUCAGCCCGAUGACAUAUCUUGCCAGCGGGACAUUGUCGGCCUGCUUGCAUGGGUCCAAGGUCACAUGCACGGUCAAGGAACUCGUGUCCGUUCCGUUACCGGCCAACACAACGUGCGGCGAGUUCCUUGGUCCUUUCGUCCAAAGUGCAGGUGGAUAUCUCGUCAAUUCUGCCGCAACGGACUUCUGCGCUUACUGCCGGAUGAGCACCACGGAUGACUACCUUGCCCAUUUCGAGAUCAAGUAUGACGAUCGAUGGAGAAAUUUUGGUCUUUUGUGGCUAUACAUUGGCUUCAACAUCAUCGCUGCAUGUGGCUUGUACUGGCUGGUGAGAGUGCCCAAAGGCCAAGGGGUGAAGCGCAAGUAG